ACCGCACAUAACCUCCCAAGCCAUCGCAGCGGACUUUUAUCGCCCAGUCUGUGGGAUCCCUGCGCAUCUCUUGAUUCCUUCCAUCCCAGUCGCCUGUCUGCAUCGCCCUUUCUUCUUUCCCGGCUUGUAUACACCCAUCACAUACUGACAUCGCCAUCAUGACCUCGGAAAUAAACACUCGUGCCAUCAAGGUCGACAACUCCAGUCUGGCUGACCUCAAGAACGCUUGCGAUGAAGCACUCAAGGAGUACCUCGAAUCGAAGGGAGGAUACAAACAGAGUCACAGGCAUACGGAUACCAAACUGGUUCUCGGAUAUCUGGGAUGUGCCUUCGCUGCCGCAGGAUCGUACUAUGGAUAUAUUCACCCAUUUGAGCUGCCAGCAACAAAGUUCUGGACCCUGGUCAGCGUUGUUCUCUAUUACCUGUUCAAUGCCCUCAUGAUGGCCUACGCAUAUUUCGUCGAGAGGGACACCAUCUUUUCAGGAACCAAAACCACCGCUAAUGGCACGCAGACGAUCUCCGUGGGCUCUAAUGUCAAGCAUUACAGCCCUUACUAUGAUCUCGAAAUCCACAUGGAGUUCUCUGGUAAGACUGCGUCCUCAACGACAAAGAAAUCAACCCACCAGCAGUUCUCGACAGCAUUCCGCUACUGGUUCGAUGAGGACGGUGUGCUGGCCCAUGAUCUUUUUGAGGCAGACAUUGCAAAGUUCUUCGCUAAUACCGAGGCCACACAUGUCGAAUAAGAUGUCGUUUUCAGGACCAAUGGUCUCUUACCCACGGAGUUGGAUACACUAGCAAGAGAAGAACAUGAGAAGCGAGUUCUACACAUGCCAUACCAUACCAUACCAAAAUAUAAAAAAAAAUGCCCUGUUUAUUUUCUGC